AUGAACAUGAUUUGGGCGCUAUUCUCAGUUCUGAUGCUGAUAUGGACUCUGGCUACUGUCCGGUUGGCGGUUAUGCUUCCUUUGUUGAGAUCACAUGAGCAGAAAAGUCCCGUUCGAAAGCGGAAGCGGCGGGUUCGUAUCUUUGCAUUUCUUGGCUCCGGUGGACACACAGGUGAAAUGCUGCGAAUUUUGGGUACUUAUAAGGCGCAAUUGCUUGAUUGUAGUAGUGAGCUUCUUGUUGGGUAUUCGGACAGUGACAGCGUAGCGAAGUUCGAACAUUGGCGGCAAGGGGAAGGUAUAGAGGCAACCCGGAUUGAAUAUGUCCCGUUAUUGAAGGCGCGGGAGGUCGGGAGCGGUUUGUCCGAUUCGGUAGUCAGCGUAUCGCGUGCACUACUACAGUCAUUCCAUGCCGUUCGUCACGUGACCAGAGAUUUUUCCCCGGACAUGGGGUACGUGGUAUUGCUUAACGGACCAGGGACGUGCUGUGUACUAGUGUUUUGGUUGAGGCUACUAGAAUUUUUCACCUUUAGAAGAUUUAAAUUGCUAUAUGUGGAGUCAUUGGCGCGUACUGAGACACUGAGCCUUACCGGUCGCUUGCUUCAACCAAUAGUGGAUGAAUUUGUCGUACAAUGGCCAGAGCUAGCUCGCAAAUACCCUCGCGCGCAUUACUAUGGGGUGCUUGUGUAA